ACAUAGUGGGAUAACCACAUUUAUGCGUUGACAGAGAGAAGAUACAAAAUGGUGGUCGUGCAAACUUCCGCUGUUUCUCUCCUCAAUAUUUACAGAUAAUUAGUAUUUAUAAAUAGCUUCCCAUAAUAACACUCGCUACUAUUUUUCAUCAGGAAUUGUAAAACCCAGUUGAAAAUUCCCGAGCUACCUCUUUUUGCUCUGUCAACGAUCAGUUGUCUAUACUGAAAAAUGGGUCAAAUGCUUGGUUGCGUUCAAGUGGAUCAGUCUACUGUUGCUGUGAAGGAACAAUUUGGCAAGUUUGAAGAGGUGCUUGAGCCUGGCUGCCAUUGCCUGCCAUGGUGUUUUGGCUACCAAUUGGCUGGUACCUUAUCAUUACGUCUACAGCAGCUCGAUGUUCGUUGCGAAACAAAAACUAAGGACAAUGUGUUCGUCAAUGUGGUUGCUUCAAUCCAGUACCGAGCAUUGGCUGACAAAGCAUCUGAUGCGUUUUAUAAGCUAUCUAACACGAAAGAGCAGAUCCAAGCAUACGUUUUUGAUGUCAUCAGGGCAAGUGUACCAAAACUGGAUCUGGAUUCCACUUUUGAGCAGAAGGACGAUAUAGCUAGAGCUGUGGAAAACGAACUUGAAAAGGCUAUGUCUGCUUAUGGAUUUGAGAUAGUGCAGACUCUGAUUGUUGACAUCGAACCGGAUGCUCAAGUCAAGAGGGCCAUGAACGAGAUAAAUGCAGCUGCUCGACUCAGGCUCGCUGCGACUGAGAAAGCCGAAGCUGAGAAGAUCCUGCAGAUAAAGAGAGCCGAGGGAGAGGCUGAGUCCAAGUACCUGUCGGGGUUGGGUAUAGCUCGUCAGCGUCAGGCCAUCGUGGACGGACUGAGGGAGAGCGUGCUCGCCUUCUCGGAGAACGUGCCCGGGACGAGCUCUAAGGAUGUCAUGGACAUGGUCCUCGUCACUCAGUACUUCGACACGAUGAAGGAAAUCGGCGCUUCGUCCAAGUCCUCCGCCGUCUUCAUCCCUCACGGACCUGGGGCCGUCAAGGAUAUCGCGACGCAGAUCCGCAACGGCCUCCUUCAGGGCGAGAGCGCCUCCAUGUCGUAGUCGGAUUCCAUGCCCCCGGUUUGUGUAAGUAAGCUUCUUGAAGUGUGUUGGAUGAAGAUCGGUGUAGUAUGUUGAUGUGUGUAUAUUUUCAUAUUUAGCAUUUGAAGAUUUGUUUUUUCUCAUCAAAUAUGUAAUGUAAUUUUGUUGCUGCUUUGGCUAUUGUGAGACGAUCCUCUCGAGCUAUGUAGGUUGUAUGCAUUUGACAAGAUCAAUAAUAUGUAUAUUUGGUAUUGUA